AUGGGACUAACUGAAGAAGAACAACAGCACCAGCAGCUAUUGCAAACAUAUGCACAGGCCACUCGACAGGACCUAGCAAAUCUCACAGCGUCGUCCUUAGCGCAGGCUAUGGUGUCGCCAAUGACAGUGUCAGGGCUGGCUUCUAGCCUGCUUCAACAAUUGCAUGCCGGCAUCAUCAUCACUGCCUUGCCUGGACCGACUCCCACAACACACAUCACACCUACACCCACACCUAUGGAUGACACUGCGUCUGACGAUGAAGAUCCCAAACGAGGCAGCACACGGAGCAUGAGUAACGAUGAACGGCGACAGAGGAGACUUUUACGCAAUCGGGUGGCAGCCAAAGAGUGCCGAAAGAAAAAAAAGCAAUAUAUCCAGGAAAUGGAAGACAAAAUUCGCCGGCUUGAAGAAGAGAAUGUGCGGCUGCACAAGCAGGUUGCAGAGAUCCACGCAAAACUAACGCUUGGGUCUCUGCACACAAACGAAGGCUAUCGACUGAUGAAGGAAGUCGAGGAACUCAACGCAAAACUCGGCAUGGCUCACUUACCAUCCACCAGUGCACUCACGGCUGCAGUGGUGGCGGCUGCUCAGCAGGCAUUAAAAUCAGAACCUCCAUUAUUACUAGGACUGCCAGAAAAGGACCUUAGUCGGGCACGGAUGAAAGAACUCAAGUCAAACUGUGCGGAACUAGAAAUCUCUCAACACACAGAAGCUGAAUGA